AUGGCGAACCCGAACUACCCGCCGCCGCACGACCCCUCCGGCGGCGGCGGCGCGUACUGGGGACCCGAGGUGGACGAGCGCGGAGAGCACAGAGAGCGCCUCGCGCGCGAGCGACAGGCGGAAUACAACCAGCAUCUGAGCGCGAACGGCGGACCCCCCGGCGCGCAGGGACCGCCGAACAACGCGAUGGACGCGUUCGCGGACCGCCCCGCGGCGAACGGCGGCGGGCUCCCGCCGAGGUACCCGCCGCAGCAGGGCGGCGCGCACGGCCGCGGGCAGCAUCGUCGUCCGAGCGACGAGGCCAGCCCCGGGCUCGUCUUCGAGGAGGAAGUCAACCCUCGGCCGUUCGGGCACGGCGGCGUGAAGCAGAUGUUCAACAGCGCGGACAAGCGGCGGAUGGAGAAGAAGCAGCAGCAGAAGCGCGAGUACGCCGCGGAGCUCAGCGCGCAGAUCGCGGAGAAGGAGGACCGGAAGCGACGCGAGCUCGCGGAGCGGCGCGGGAUCGACGCGCGCGCGCACGGCAUGGCCAACGUCAUCAGCGGGCAUCCGCAGCCGCCGCCGCAGUACGUCGAGCAGACGCCGCACCCGAUGCAGGGGUACGACCAGGGGGGAGGAGGAGGAGGAGGAGGAGGAGGACGGCAGACGCAGCGGCCGUCGUUCACGGAUAAUCUUGGCGGCGGCGGCGGCGGCGGCUUCCCCGGCGGGCAGCCCGGGUCGUUCCAACAGCAGCAGCAGAGCGCCGCGCGGCAGAAGAAGGCGGCGUACCAGCGCGAGCUGGACGAGCAAGUCCGGUUGAAAGCGGAGGCGAAAGAGAGGGAGAAGCGCGAACGCUUCGAGAGGGACGCUCGAGAGCGUCGAGAGAUCGCGCGGUACGAUCCGUGGGGGAAAGGCGGCGGCGGCGCGCCGAUGCGCGACCAGGGCGGGAACGUCGUGACGAACUUGAAAGACCUGCGAGAUGACUACAACGAGCGGCAGCUGAACCCCGGGAUGCCGCCGCCGGAUUACCACUACGACCCGAGGUCCCCGGGGGGACCCGCGGCGGAUCACGUCGGGAACCUGAUGAUCCAAGGCCGGUUCAGGGACGGCCAGAUCGGGGACGUGGACCCGAGGGAGCUCGCGGCGAAACACCGCCAGAGGGACGAGCUCGCGCACGCGCUCGAGCAGCAGAUCGAGGAGAAGCGACGGAAGAAGGAGGCGGAGAAGCAGCGCGAGGCGGAGGAAGAUCUGAAGGAGGAGCGGCGACUCAAGGCUGAGCAAGAGCGACUUCGCGCGGCGUUCGAGAAGGAACAGGAGAACGAACGCCUCAAGGCGGAGGAGCGGGCGCGCGCGGAGGAGGAGGCGUUCGAUCUCGCGAAGCGUCAGGAGCAGGACCGCGCGAACAAGCCCGCGCGCCGCGCGCCGCGCAGAGACCCGGACGACGAAGACGACGGACCCCCGUACGGCCCCCGCGGCGGCGCCAACGCGAACGCGGCGCCGGCGGACGGCCCGCCGCCACCCGGGUACCUGCCCCCUCGCGGCCCCACCCCCGCGGGCGCGCGCGAGCUCAGCGCGCUGCGCAUGGAGCUGCAACAGGAACACACGGAGCUCAUGCGCGCGAUGCAAGCGCAGAACGAGAACAUGCGGAUGCUGCAGGAGCGAGCGGAGAUGGCGGAGAAGAACGGCUUGGAGGCGCGGAUGGAAAUUUUGGAGAUGAAGGAAAACAUCGCGGACAACGUGUUUCUCUCGCAGCUGCCGCCGGUGCCCGGGAGCGACCAGGACCGAAGACGCGUCGUCAUCGACGACGCGCGAGAGGACUACGGCGCGUUCAUGCGCGACAUCGACUCGAGGAUCGAUCCGUUCAAAGACGCGGGGAAGGAUUAUUCCGCCGACGUUCGCGCGUCUCAAACCUUCGACGCGAACGAGAGCAUGGUGGGAGAGAGCACGUUCGUCUUUCCCGGGCAGACGCUCAGCGCGGCGUCGUUCCUCGGCGACGGCGUCGGCGGCGUCGCGCCGCCGAAGAAGCAGGCGGGCCCCAGACAUAACACGCUCGACGACAUCGACGAGUUCGGCGGCGGCGACGUCAUGGGCCUGGGUCCCGACGCGGACGCGAGCGGUUUGCCGCCGGACGGUCCGGAGCCCGGGCGUCGAUACCCGAGCGACGGCCCCCCGGACACCGCCGCGUCGACGGCGUCGGACGGCCUCACGAAGAUCUACGCGAAGAACGAGGCGCGUCUGCGCGCGUUGGGCGACGCGGGCGGCGACGGCGACCGUCCCCCCGCGGACGCGGAUCAGCUCGAUAACCUGCUGCAAAACUUUUUGCGCGUCGCGAGGGGCGCGACGCCGGUGCUCCAGGAGGCGCCGCCGAUGCUGGAGGAUCAGGCGCGUUCUAUUUUCACACUGCCCUGGCGGGCCCCACGCGAUCGCCCCCCCGUUCGCGCGGUGCACGGCCGCGGCGAGUUCGACGACGAGGAAGGGGAGUGGCAGGGCGGGAUGGGGAGCUACGUCGGGCACCAGCAGUCGUACGACGGGAACCGUCCGGACACGACCGCGUCGCUCGACACGGAGACGCGGUUCCUCCGGUGA